AUGGCACAAACCCCACCAACCACAGUCCGUCUUCCGCGGCUCUUCAUCACCAACUCCGCCCACCAAGCUUGCUAUCAACGAGCAAUCUCGAACACAACAUCGCCGACGAUCCAGUCCAGAAUGCCCUCCAGAGAAGCAACGCAUGCCGGGUCCUGGUACUCAGACCACGAGCCAACCCUCUCGAGCCAGCUGGAGAAAUGGCUUGCCCAGGUCCCAGACGAGCUGCCCGGCAUCGGCCGACUUCCCAUCGCGGGAGCUAGAGUCAUCAUUGCACCUCACGCUGGCUACGCAUACUCUGGACCGUGUGCUGCAUGGGCUUAUAAGGCGCUGGACCUCUCCAAAGCGAAACGCAUCUUCCUCCUCGGCCCCUCUCACCACCACCACCUCUCCACCCUCGCCCUCCCGCAACUAACCAGCUACAAAACCCCUCUCUCCCCGGACCCACUGCCCCUCGACACAGACCUAAUCACCCACCUCCUCUCCACCACCUCCACCAACCCGCACUUCACCACGAUGAGCCCGCCCGUCGACUCCGCCGAACACAGCCUAGAGCUCCACCUCCCCUACAUCCACCAUCUCCUGCGCACGCUCUACCCCACCAGGGCCCCCGCCGCCUACCCCCGCCUGGUCCCCAUGAUGGUCGGCAGCACCUCCCCAGCCACCGAAGCCGCCUUCGGCGCCCUGUUGGCCCCUUACCUCGCCGACGACACGAACGCCUUCGUCGUCUCCUCCGACUUCUGCCACUGGGGCCUCCGCUUCGGAUACACGUAUUACGUGCCCGGCGCGCCGGUGCCCGCGCCCGCGCUGCCGAUCUCGUAUCCGAAGCUUCCCGUGCCGGCGGCGCCAUCAACGACGACGACGACGACGACGACGACGCGGGGUACUGCUACCGGUGCAGCGGAGGCUAGGGCGGCAUCGACGCGUGUCCGGUGGCGGCGCAUUCAAGGCCGCAGCGCAUGCUAG